UGUCGACGAGGCCGCAACUGGAGUCUCAGUCGCGUGAACGCGGAUUAUUGAAAACCACACUAAUAUAAUAAUGGGGUUCCGUGUUGCCAUAUUUUUCCAUACCAGUGAAAAUGGCAAUAAAUUGUGAAUUUUAUUUAUCGCGUGCCGCUGCCGUUUAUUACACUGGUGAGCAAAUUUCGGGGUCGGUCACGGUGACAGUCGAUGGCAAAAAACCAUUUCCACUUGAGGGUGUAAAUAUUACACUCCAUGGACUCUCCUCGGUUCACUGGAGGGAAUCUCUUCGUGGUCUCCCGGAAAUCGAACAUAAUGAUAGUUCCGGACAGCUGGAGAGUGUUAAAGUGGAUUACAGUGGCAGCAAGGUUCACAUAAAUCAAACUAAGAAGCUGACAGAUGAAUUGUGUUUACAACCUGGCGCUUUUCAACUGGGAGAGUUUAGCUUUGAGCUUCCAAAAAUUUUACCAGCCACUUGCAGUCUUCCUUAUGGAAAUAUAGAGUAUUCCCUAAAGGUUGUAAUUGAAAGGAAAGGCAAACACAACAAGUGCUUUCAACAGCGAUUGGUUAUAAAAAAGAGACUGGAAUUCAUCGAUUUAAAGCCACAAUUUAAGGAGACUUCGAAUACAAGGCUUAACCUCCCACGCAGUGUUUUUGUUCCAGGUCAAAGUAUUAGAUACGAAAUUGAAUCCAAAGAUGGGGUAUUGGAGUUCGUAACACGUUUGUGUAAAAAAACGAGCUACACUUCUUCAGAGCCUAAUAAGAAGACCAAGACGGUUAUAGAAGUUUUAUCUGAAAGUUCGGACCUAAAAAACGAUUUGCGACUGCCUUUAACAGCUCCAAUUAUGAGCCAUUCUGAUCAGCUGGAACCCAUAGAUAUAAGUUACUAUAUAGAGACAUUCAACUACUUGGAUCCUCCAAUCAAACUCACCAUUUUUGUGGGCAGUGUGGCACCGCCAGUCGAUUCCCCCAUGGAAUCCUCCAGACUUUGCUUUGUCAAUUUGGCCUUGAGUCAAAGCGAGCUGUUUAGGCCAAUUAAUCAGUUUCUGGCCCACAGCUGUUCCCGGGAAAUUGGCGCCAUGGCGCUGAACAAACACUGCGAGCGCAUCAAGUUACUAAAAGGUCCGAAGAGAAAACGGUCGUACGUGCAACUAGCAUUUCGAUACCUGUAUAAGAAAGUACUAACCUGACACGUGCCCAGAUAGGAAUUCCAGUAUCGAGCUAAUGAUUCUUGAAGAAUUCUAUGAAAUUGGACUUGGAUUGCGGUAUUGGUUUGUGUUUGGUUUAUGCUUAUCGAUUAAUGUACACAAAAUAAUAAAAUUAAACUAUUAAUAUUAUAUAAUGUAAUGCUAGAGAAGUUUUAUUCAAUUAAGUAAUAUUUAAAACCUAUUAUUUGGCAUUAAAAUAAAAAGAUUUUUAAAGUUGUUACCUCUCCUUUCUUUAUUGUUAAUUUGAUAAACAUAUAAUAAUAAUAGAUAUCUGAUAAAAAUGUUACUUGUAUCCUUGUUCAUAGUUUAUAAAUAAGUAUUAUACUUCAAAAUGAAUUGUUCAAUAAUAAAAUCAAUUGGCUUUUUCUCGUCGUGCA